UAAACGUUGUUUUUAAAAGGUAUUAGUUAUUAAAGUGACUCUCAAUUCAAUUCAGUACUGUUUAUGACACACAACAUAACACAACACAAUAAUAACAAUAAUAAAUACUAAACACUAUAUGUGUUUGUGUGUUGUUUUAUAAUCACUUUUAUUUAAUUUAAUAGAAAAAUCAUUUUUUUUAACAAAUUUUUGUUUUAAAUAGUUUAAAACAUUAUUAUAUAUUUACAAUUGUUAUUAUGCUUAGUAUACUACUUUGAUUGUUAAGUAAAUUAGUUGUUUUUUUUAUUUUUAUUAUAACUUAUAAACAAAAUUCAUAUAUAGUUUUUUUUGGUCACAAAAUAUUCAUUUGAAAUCAUCGGUUGUUUUUGGUUUUUUUCGUUAAUUUGUUGAUUUAAAUAAUAUUUAAAAAAAGUAAUUUAUAAACCUAUAUAAAAAAAAUGGAUGCGAUUCCUACUGAAGAACCUACGGCUCCGGGCUAUCUGAGUGCAGUCGACUAUUUAAUUAUAUUAAGUCUAUUGGGUUUGGCCUCAUAUUAUUGGCUAUUUUAUCGAAACAAAAAUAAAAAAUCAGAAUUUGAUACCUCGUCUAUCAAAACGUUUUCAAUUGAGCCAACAUUAACCCGAAGUGUAUCGGAAUCUGGAUUUAUAGCCAAAAUGAAGUCCGGCGGCCGAAAUGUAGUCGUUUUUUAUGGAUCUCAAACUGGAACAGCUGAAGAGUUUGCCGCCCGAUUGGCUAAAGAGGCUUCUCGUUACAGUAUGAAAGCAAUGGUUGCCGAUCCGGAAGAAUGCGAUAUGGAAGAGUUGGGUAAGAUUGUCGAAAUUGAGAACCAUUUGGCCAUAUUCUGUAUGGCCACUUACGGCGAAGGAGAUCCCACCGAUAAUGCACAAGAGUUUUACGAAUGGCUUCAAAACGGUGGCGCAGAUCUGACGGGUUUGAAAUAUGCGGUGUUUGCUUUGGGUAACAAAACCUAUGAACACUACAACAAAAUGGGUCAAUACCUGGAUGUCCGACUUGAAGAGCUUGGCGCUACCCGUGUCUAUGAGUUGGGAAUGGGAGACGACGAUGCAAAUAUUGAAGAAGAUUUUAUUACUUGGAAAGAAAAAUUCUGGGCAUCAGUUUGCGAACAGUAUGAUCUACAGACUGGUGAAGAAGUUAGUAGCCGACAGUAUGAGCUUAUUGUUCACAAUACUGAAGAUUUGGCUGAAGACAAAGUAUUCAGAGGAGAAGUUACUCGACUUAACUCUUAUGCCAAUCAAAAAGCGCCGUUUGACCAGAAAAAUCCAUUUUUGGCUCCCGUUUCGGUUAACCGAGAACUAUACAAAAGUGACCGCUCGUGCCUUCACAUUGAGUUAGACCUAACCAACUCUAAGCUGAGAUAUGAAGCCGGAGAUCAUGUGGCUGUCUAUCCCAAGAAUGAUACUUCGCUUGUAAAUAAAAUCGGUGAACUAUUGGAUAUCAAUUUGGAUACAAUUAUCUCAUUGAAAAACAUGGAUGAGGACAGUUCGAAAAAACACCCGUUUCCUUGUCCUACAUCCUAUCGAACGGCACUACAAUUUUAUACAGAUAUUACUAGUAUUCCGAGGACUCAUGUGCUGAAAGAAAUAUCUGAUUACUCCACUAAUGAAGAACACAAGACUUUCCUGAAGUUAUUGAGUUCAUCGACCGAAGAGGGCAGACAACUGUAUAAUGAUUGGGUUAUUAAGAACUGUCGCAGUAUUGUUCACAUACUGGAAGACUUGCCGUCAAUUAAGCCACCGUUGGAUCAUUUGCUUGAAUUAUUGCCACGUCUUCAGCCGCGAUACUAUUCAAUCUCAUCGUCGCCUAAACUCUAUAACAAUUCGGUUCACAUUACAGCUGUUGUCGUUGAAUAUGAAACUGGAACCGGUCGGGUGACAAAAGGUGUUGCCACCAAUUGGCUUAAAUCUAAAGAGCCGAGCAAUAAUGGUCACAAAGUGUUGGUUCCCUGUUUUAUUCGUCGCUCACAAUUCCGAUUGCCGGCUAAACCGCAAACACCGGUCAUUAUGAUAGGACCGGGAACUGGUUUGGCGCCGUUCAGAGGUUUCAUUCAGGAACGUCAGCAUAUAAUGAAAAGUGGCAAACCUACUGGUGAUACCAUUUUGUAUUUUGGUUGUCGUAAACAAUCUGAAGAUUAUCUUUAUGGCGAUGAACUGAAGGCCUAUGUCGAGGACAAAACUCUGACCAAACUUUACUGUGCCUUCAGUCGAGAUCAGGAACACAAAGUCUAUGUCACACAUCUGCUCAAACAGAAUAUGAAAGAGACGUGGAAUAUAAUUGGCCAACAAAAUGGACACAUCUAUAUCUGCGGUGAUGCCCGAAAUAUGGCCCGAGAGGUGAAAGAGAUUAUCAUUGAGACUAUUAUGACUGAAGACAACAAAAGUCGCGCCGAAGCCGAAAGUUAUCUAAAGAAAAUGGAGUCACAGCGCAGGUAUUCGGCCGAUGUUUGGAGUUAAGCGCAAACCAACGGCGCUAUCUUAGGGACUAAUACUUGAAUUUUUUUAAUUACUAUUUUAUUUUUUAAAAAUUAGACUUUGUAUUAUAAAAUUUAAGCUAUUUUUAAUUACAUGUUUAUCUAUCUAUAUAUAUAUAUAUAUAUUUACUUAAAUGGAUUUUUU